AUGAAGUUUUCCUCAAUCAUUGCUGGAUUUUUGAUUCUCAUGUCAGUGGCUCUCGCUUCUGUCAUUCAAGAACAAGAACCCAACAACAGCGUUAACACUGCUCAGCAAGUCCCCGUCGCUGCCUUCACUCUUGGGUACAAUCCUAUUAUUGCAAACUCUGAUACACUUCCUUGGGUAACCAUUGAGGGUACUGGGGAUGAUACUUAUGACUAUUACUCGUUUGUGGUCCCCAAUUCAGGAAUGAUUGCUUCCAUCUUUGACAUUGACGAAACCACACAUCCAUACCACUAUGAUGCAUGGGUCACUCUGUAUGACUCAAAUGGAAACUACCUUGCACAUGUUGAUGAUGUCCGUCCAAUUGAUCCUGGCUCAAACCACGUUCAUGACUCCUACUUGACCUACACCUUCAAUGCUCCUGGCGUAUACGUCGUUGCUGUGGGUCGAUAUCGAUGCUGUCGUGGAAAUUACCCAGGCGACGAGGUUCCAAUGGGUGCCACGUACAAGUUGCACAUUUCCCUGGGAUAUACGGAAGCACAGCUUCGAGCUGCUUAUGGUAUGGGAGACCCACACUUCAAGUGUUCUCUCCUUCAUUUGUAA